UGUGCUUGCUCGUUGAACGACUAUCACGACACCAUGGCUUUGUUUGCCCCUCCACCGAUGUAUGCAGAUCCAACAAUGGCUGCGGAUAAACAACACGCAUUCAACCCGUACUCUGAGAAUGGAGGUAGCAUCCUUGCCAUUGCGGGUGCAGACUUUACGGUCAUUGCUGGUGACACGAGACAGUCUGAAGGAUACAGUAUCCAGACACGAUACGCGAGAAAGGUCUGGCAGCUCACUGACAGAUGUGUCAUCGCUACCAAUGGAUUUGCAGCGGACGGGAACAAUUUUGUCAAACGUAUCAAGCAGAGGCUAGAGUGGUACGAGCACGCUCAUCAAAAGCAAAUGUCGAUCAAGGCGAUCGCUAGAUUGACUCAGACUAUGCUCUAUGGCAAUCGAUUCUUCCCUUACUUUGCCUAUGUCAUUCUCGGUGGAAUAGACGAGGACGGGACCGGCGCGGUUUAUUCAUUCGACCCCAUUGGCAGUUAUGAGCGAGAAGCGUGUCGAGCGGCAGGAGCGGCUCAAUCUCUGAUCCAGCCUUUCCUCGACAACCAAAUUUAUUUCCGCAAUCAGACUCCAGCACCAGGCGCUGAACCUUUUGUCCCAGGCCGUUUACCCCUCUCCACUGUCCUGGGACUCGUCAUUGAUUCCUUCACGUCUGCCACUGAGCGAGAGAUCGCCGUAGGUGAUGGUCUCGAGCUAUACGUCGUCAUGAAGAAGGGAAGGACAACGGAUGAUUUGGUGGGGUCAGACAACCUCAUCAAAAAUAUGCAGGUUCAAGAGCUCGGAGCGUUGGGUGAAGGAGGGAGUGAGAGAACGUUUUUAGUCUCUCUGCCCUUGAAGAGAGAUUAAGAAAGCAGCAUGCAAUGUAUGAACCGGAUGGCCGAG